AUGGCUGCGAUAAUCAAGGAGCUUUGGGGCGUGCAUCCGUCCUUUCUGAAGCUAAAGACAUCUAAAAACCUAUUUCGAUUGUGCCUCACUCUACCAAACUUGGGAACUGGAGUGCGAGUUAUACCUUCAUCCUGGCAUAAGAACGGGUUGCAUGACUCGUACUGGACUAUUACCAGUGUCGAAUUCAAUCCGGACUGGAGGUCGGGAACUGUCUGGGGCAUCCAAACUUGGAAGAACUCCACUGCAGCUGGUCAAAUAGCAAUCCCAAGAGCCGCUAUUGGAAGCUGGCAUCUGUAUCAGCCACCAUCCAUGCAUAGACAACUUGCCGACAAACUAGAUAUCAAGAUUGAACAACCAACAGCAACCUCAGAGACCUUAUAA